CUUUUCUGGAGGAGGUUGGCGAGAGUAUAGUGCCGCCUCCUACGGCAGAAUAUGGUGCGGUGCAGCGGGCACUGGCGCAUGGGAUGGAAAGGCGGCGGAGCAGCCAGUGCUAGGGGCGGGUGUGUGGUGGAUCAGUCAACGGCGGUGGGGGAUUUCAUGGCGGCAGAGCAAGGUGCGGGGGAGCAGCGCAGACGCUCAAAUCUGGGCGGCCGGCGCAGCGGCGGUAGACGGGAGAGAGAGCUCGCCCGCAGCUUCAGUGCUGUCAACUGGGAAGAUGAACCCCCGGGCUCCUGGAUGGAACAAAAGGUCAGUGGUUGAGUUGAUCAUGCAGAUAAAUUGGAGCAGUAAGAACCUGGGAUAGAUGUGCUGAAGUAGUGUGUUCAUUGUGGCCAUGGCAAUACUUGUAUGCUUAGGUAGCGAAAGAUUUCUUGUUACAUCAAAUAAUCUACUGGGACUUUAAGACAAAUGAUUCCAUGGAUUAUAACAACUACAGAAUUAGAUGCACUUGCUGUAGGUAGAAUGAUGCUUGCGAACCAGUGAAUUACAAGGAUCUAGUUAGUAUUGUAUGAACUAUGCUUGCUGAACCUUUGUAAACUAAAUAAUGGAAUGGAACUUUUUAAAGAAAUGAUUCCCUGGAUUAGAACCACUACAGAAUUAGAUGCACUUGCUCCAAGUAGAAUGAUGCUUGCAAACCAGUGAAUUAGAUGGAUCUAGUUAGUAUGAGUGAUGCUUGCUGAACCUUUGUAAGGUAAAUAAUGGACUGGAAGUUUUUAAAGAAAUGAUUCCAUGGAUUAGAACAACUACAGAAUUAGAUGCACUCGCUGUAGGUAAAAUGAUGCUUGCGAACUAGUGAAUUACAUGGAUCUAGUUAGUACUCCCUCUGUAAAGAAAUAUAAGAUUGUUUAGAUCAAUAAAGUAGUGAUCUAAAAGCUCUUAUAUUUCUAUACGGGGGGAGUAUGAAUUAUGCUUGCCGAACCUUUGUAAGCUAAAUAAUGGACUGGAACUUUUUAAAGAAAUGAUUCCCUGUAUUAGAACCACUACAGAAUUAGAUGCACUUGCUCCGAGUAAAAUGAUGCUUCCAAACCAGUGAAUUACGUGGACGUAGUUAGUAUGAAUGAUGCUUGCUGAACCUUUGUAUGGUAAAUAAUGCACUUGAAGUUUUUGAAGAAAGGAUUCUCUGGAUUAGAACCACUACAGAAUUAGAUGAAUUUGCUCCAAGUAAAAUGAUGCUUGCAAACCAGUGAAUUACAUGGAUCUAGUUAGUAUGAAAGAUGCUUGCUGAAACUGCAGAAAUUAGAUGAUUUACUUCCUCUAUAAGUAAAAUGAUGCUGGCAAACAAGUGAAUUACAUGGAUCUAGUUAGUAUGAAUGAUGCUUGCUGAAACUGCAGAAAUUAGAUGCUUUACUUCCUCUAUAAGUAAAAUGAUGCUGGCAAACAAGUGAAUUACAUGCAUCUAGAUAGUGUGAAUGAUGUUUGCGGAACCUUUGUAAGCUAAAAUCAUGGUUGCCUGUUUUCGCAAAGGCUACGUAUUGGAGCUGCAGCACCUAGCGGAGCACCUUGCCCAAACCGCGUUAGUGCAUUUGAGAAGGCUGUCAGGAGUUUUGCUGAGAACCCAGCCGAGAGUGUGAUUACCCCAGUUAUUGGCACUACAUUUGACUCAGUGGGUGAGGUGUACAACUUCUACAAUUUGUACUCGUGGGAGAAAGGCAGCCGACUGAAUGUCAAGAGGACAAAAUGCAUGCAAUAAAUAGUGUGUGGGUGCUUGGGGAAAGCUGGUGUCGAGAACACAAGGUCUUGGCGAUAUGAAUGCCGAUGCGAAAAUUACUACUAAGAGCAGAAGACAAUGGUAGGUAUAUUGCGGAGCAUAGAGACACGCACAACCAUUCGCUUUCACCUAAUUUUGGUGAGACAAUCCACUGGCCUUCACGCAAACACAUAGAUGUUUACACCAGGGUCUUGUGAAGCAGUUAAGGCAGAAUACAGCGUCAUAGGAGGUUUCUUUGGGUCGAUGGAAAAUGUUCCGUUCACGAAGAGGUCUCUGUGUAAUUUGUGUGGUAAGACAAAUAGGGACCAGGCAGAUGAGGAUGUAAAGAAGACGAUGGAUGUGUUUGCGGAGAUUGGAGCUAAAGAUCCACACUUCACAUACAGGGUUCAAGCUGACAGUGAGGGUAGGGUCAAGAAUCUGAUGUGGGCAACUGGUAGCAGCAGGCUGCAGUACAACUUCUUUGGCGAUGUCAUAACAUUCGACAUGACUUACAGGACGAACUUGUAUGACAUGCCUUUCGGCCUUUUUGUUGGCGUGAACAAUCACUUUCAAAGUGUGAUUUUGGCUGGUGUUCUUGUUCGCGAUGAGACCCAAGAGAGUUUGGAGUGGGUUUUUUCAGAAUUACUAAGAAUGAUGGGUGGUUCUCCACCCAUGACCAUACUUAAAGACCAAAACCGUGCCAUGGAGCUCGCCAUCAGUAAGAUUAUGCCCGGGACAACACACAGAUGGUGCAAAUGGCACUUUUUGAAGAAGGCAAAGGAGCUGUUGGCUCCUCUGUAUACAAAGAAAAGUGACUUGUGGUGGCUAGCAUGCGUGUUUACCAAAAUAGAGACGCCUGAACUUAUCGGGAGAGAUAAUCUUAGUACAAAAAUUCAUAGAUAAAACAUGAUCGCCCGCAUAAUGGGCUGACAAAAGAGUACACUAGUACGUUGGCACACUGAUUGCCACGGUUACAGACCAUUCCUGAUUACAAGCUGCAAUUACGAAAAUUAACUAGUACACCACACUAGGGGGGCUAUCCCCUAUUACAAA